AUGAAUUUUGCUGAAAAUGGUAGACAUUUGGCUAAUCAAGAUUACACAAUAUGCAUAAGACAAGAAGAUGAUCAUUGUUCUAUAGUUUACGAACCUUGUGACGAAAACUCGUUUAAAAUAGGACCGCCAAUGUCGGGUCAAAACGCGAUAGAAGGAUCCGGUUAUGGCGAAACUGGAGUUCCAGAUUCCGAUAAUAAUAAUAAAGAAUGCGCCGACAAAAUUCUAAUGCCUUGCGACUCGGAAGAAUUCAUAACGAUGCAAAAGUGCCUGGAGUUUGCCAAUUGCUUCAUUGCGGAAGUUCAUUUUGUCCAGAAGGAGAAUUUCCGUGCAGGAUAG